GCGGAUAUUGACGCGGUUUCUGAAAGGAGAUUUGGUCUUGCUGGAGGGAAGCGCCAAUUAUCCAAAGUUGUGUUAUUAUUUGUUUGUUUUAAAUGUCGGACUGGGAAGAUGACUACGAUGCGGAUGGUGUGGCGAUUUCAAAGCCGUUAACGUUACCGGCGAAGUCAUGGAGGCCUCCGUCUCCUAGAGGCGCGCGGAGUCGAGAAACCGCGAGUUUCGGCGCAAAGUUUGGUGGAAACGGCGAGCAAUGGAGAAACUGGAGGGACCGAGGCUUUGAAUCUGAUGCUUGUGACGGAGCAACCGGCAAACAUAACAGCUACGGUCGCUCGAGGACUGGACCUACGGGGUGUAGAGGCGGUGGAGACAGAUCAGGCUCAUCACCGACAACUCUGAGUGUGGAAAACUGUUUGGUCGGGAGGAUAAUAGGUCGAGGUGGGGCGAAAAUUCGGGAGCUCGAAGAGAGCAGUGGAGCAUCGAUAAAGAUAAACCGAGGUGCACAUGAAGCUGAGGUGCUUGUCUUUGGAAGCCGUGAUGCUCAGCUCAAAGCCAAAGACAUGAUUGAAGAUCUGGUGCGUGGGAAUCCUGCUCGAGGUCCCGGAUGUGGAAAUGGUAACAGCAGUGCAGGAUACCAGAAUGAGUCCUGCUGGCCAGCUGCUGCUGUACGAGCUGCGGCUUCGGCUGCCCCAGCAGCUGUACCUAUUGACUGGACUGCACUCAGACAAAACCGGGACAAAUAUGAAGCUAUGAAAUGGCAAGAUCUUCCCAUUCUCAAGAAGGAUUUCUAUAUUGAAGCGAAAUCAGUCGCAGCGCGCAGUGCAGAGGAAGUCGAAAUCUGGAGAAAGGAGAACAACAACAUCUUCGUGGAUGACUUGAAAGAUGGGGAAAAAAGACCUAUUCCCAAUCCAGUGUGCACUUUUGAUGAGGCUUUUAGUCACUAUCCCGAAAUAAUGGAAAACAUUGUCAGAGUGGGAUUUAAAAAGCCAACUCCCAUUCAGUCACAAGCCUGGCCCAUUGUCCUGAAAGGAACGGAUCUGAUUGGAAUAGCCCAGACAGGAACAGGAAAAACUCUGUCUUACCUGCUUCCUGGCUUUAUUCAUAUGGAUGAGCAACCAGUGCCAAGGAACAAGAAAGAUGGCCCUGGCAUGUUGGUCUUGACUCCCACUCGUGAGCUGGCUCUCCAGAUUGAAGCUGAGUGCAACAAAUACAGCUACAAAGGAUUUAAAAGCAUCUGUAUCUAUGGAGGAGGUGACAGAAAGGCCCAGAUUAAAGUGGUGACCAGUGGUGUGGACAUAGUCAUUGCCACACCGGGACGAUUAAAUGAUCUGCAGAUGAACGAGCUCAUCAAUUUGCGCUCCAUCACCUAUCUGGUGUUGGAUGAAGCUGAUAGAAUGUUGGACAUGGGCUUUGAACCUCAAAUCAUGAAAAUCAUUCUGGAUAUUCGACCUGACAGACAAACUGUGAUGACUAGUGCCACCUGGCCAACAGGUGUCAGGCGGCUGGCCAAAUCCUACCUGAAGGACCCCAUGAUGGUGUAUGUGGGCACCUUAGAUCUAGCGGCAGUAAACACUGUUCAGCAGACAGUUCUGUUCGUGCAGGAGGAAGAAAAGAAAGCCUAUGUUUUUGACUUCAUUGACCGAAUGGAGCCUCAGGACAAAGUACUAAUAUUCGUUGGGAAAAAAGUAAAAGCUGAUGACCUCUCCAGUGACCUGUGUCUGCAGGGUGUAACUGUUCAAUCUCUACAUGGAGCCCGCGAACAGUGUGACCGAGAAGAGGCACUGCAGGACUUUAGAGAUGGUCGCGUGCGCAUUCUGGUGGCGACUGACCUGGCCUCACGUGGGCUGGACGUUCAUGACAUCACGCACGUUUUCAACUACGACUUUCCUCGAAACGUGGAGGAAUAUGUGCACCGUGUUGGGAGAACAGGUCGAGCAGGGAGGUCCGGUGCAUCUAUAACCCUGGUAACGAGAGAGGACUGGAAAGUAGCUUCUGAGCUGAUCACUAUCCUGGAGAGAUCUGGUCAGGAUGUACCAGAAGAACUGGUACUAAUGGCUGUACGUUAUGAAAAACACCAGAGGGAGAAAGCACUGUCUGCCCCCAGAGGCAGAGGAGGAGGGGGAGGACAGAGAGGUUCAGAUCGCUGGUUCUGAUCGCUUGAAAGGUCACUAUACUCACUGAAUAAUUCAUAAGCUUUUUAAGUGUUGAUCCUCUCUUUUGUGGAGUACCCGUGAAGCCCUUGUAACUGACCAGUUAAGUUUUACGUUUAAGAAACACUGAUUCAUUUUGUGUGCAUGAUAUAUUUCUUUAAUAGGAUUUUUUUCCCCUCCAGUUCAGUGUUUUUGUUGUUUUUUUUUAUUAUUGUUAUCCUACAUUGAUGUGAGGUUAAAAUGCCUCCAGUUGUGUAGAUGAUGUAACAGUCUUGUUCAGCUGAAUGCAUAUCAAAUAAAAGCCUAUAAAACUA